AUGCUGCUCGACGAAGAUCCCGCAACGCUCAUCCACCACACCAUAAACAACUUCAACAUCGCCCCAGACAAAACUGCAAUCUCGCGCAUCCACGACUCCCUCUCGACCCUAAGCCAAGCGCGCGACCUGCGGGUCCGCGACGCCGAGUCCUCCCUGAAAAAACUCUCCCGGCACCUCUCCACAAUCCAAUCGCAACACGAAGAACUCGCCUCCUCCCACUCGUCCACAACGCACGCGUCCGAGAUCUCGCGCCUCGACACUCAGAAAUUUCGUAUCGCCAAGGCGUGCAGCGACCUCGAGAUGGAGGCCGAGCGCCUGGGGAGCACGCAGGCCGACCUGGCAGCGCGGCUGCAGGAGCUCGAGAUGCAAGGGGUCGAGGGCCCCGCCGAUGAGGCGGCCAGGCGGCGUGAUCCUGUUGAGGAUGAGGUGUUGUUGCGGUUGAAGGUGUACCGGAGUUUGGGGAUUGAUAUCGAGAGGGAUGGCAAGGAUGGAGAGUUUGCGAAAGCGGUGAUACGGAAUGAUCGGAAGGGAGACGUACAUGUAGUAAACAUGGAUAAAAAGUUCUCGCGUUUCUUUUAUGCCAAUUACUUUUGGCAGACAGUGUAG